AUGUUUAUUUUGCGAUAUGCAAAUUCCUAGAUUAAGGCCAUUGGAACCAUACUAUGCAUCUAAAUAGAUCUAAUUUGUUUGAUAAUUUUGAAUUUCAUAAAUCUCAAUGUUACCACCUAUGCAUAAUUAAUAUUGUGUUAAUACAUCUCAAAGGACUUAUUUAGAUAAACAGGAUCAUCCGGAUAUUAUAUAAUUAGUCCCAGAUCUCUUUACUAUGGCACUCUUUUCAUUGGGAGUAUAUUUCAAAUAGUUUAUACUCAAGUGCAAAGCAAUUUCACUGCAGAAUCUCCACAACUAAUCCUCUGUUUGUUAAUGUCCGUCCUGGAUAAUGGGAGAAUAGAGGAGAAGAAACCCUAAAGAAUUUAAUAGACAAUUACUGUGCCAAUCGACACUGCUACAGCAAACAAGAUAGAUGGUUUGGCCAAAAAAGCACUCUCUAUAAUAGAUCAACCUUCCUAAGAUCAAUCUAAAGAAAGCUUUCGAAAGGGAUAUGAUGAUUUUAGCAACAUUUAAUAAUAUUACAUCAAUCCAGAAAUAAUCUAUAAUUCUUUGGAAUACUUCUCGGAAGGCUUGAUAAUUUUAAAUGUUUUGGAUGAACAAACUCACACCUACAAAAUAUCGUAUAUGAAUAAUGCUACCAGAAUACUUUUUGGCAAAGAUUAGGAUGUAGAUAUCCUUUAUAUCUUGGAAAACCUAUCCUCCCUACAUAUACAAAGUCAAGAUUUCUUUGAUGACUUCAAUUCAAGGAGAGAUUCUGCCCAGUAAAAAGUCGGAAAUCUCUCCUCCUCAAAACUCUGUAAAUCUCUGUUUCCAACUAGAGAUUUCAUGUUCUGUUCAUUGAAGUAGGCUUUGACUGAUAUUCAAUUGCAUGAGAAAUAUUAAACCAUGAAUAUGAACAUGAAGGACUUAAUAGAGAAGAUUAUUAAAUCAAGGAGACAAGACUCGAUUACUGUAAACACUCAUGUGGAUUUCAAUUUCAUAGACAAUUAGAAACAAAUAAAGAUAUCCCAGAAUCUUGCGUAGUCAAGACAAGAUAAUGAUAGAUUGAUGGAGUUCAAACUCACUUUACAAAGGGAGAAAACCAUCUUGAUCGUCUGUAGGGAUGUGACUCAUCGUUAGAAGAUUCGAUACUUAAGAGAAUAUGAUAUUUAAAAGUCGAAAAUGCUUUCAUUUGUGAGUCAUGAAUACAGACAACCUUUGGGAUGCAUCAUCUAGAUGAUUGAAUGUGCCUUACAAUACAAGGUCAUACAAAAAAAUGUAGAAAUCACUGAAGAUUUACAGGCAGCCUUGGAUAAUUCAAAGUAUAUGUUGAAUUUGUCUAAUGAUUUGUUGGACUUGGCCUAAAUUAAGAAUGGAAAGUUCAAGAUACAGAAGGUACCUUUUAAUUUAGAGAAACUGAUUGCAGAUUCUAUUAAGAUGUUUGCUCUGAAAGCCAAAAUAAAGGAUCUGCAAUUGGUUUGUGAUUAUAAUCUCUCUCUUCCUAAAUUUAUUAUCUCUGAUAAAAAUAGAAUCAAACAAAUAAUUGUCAAUCUCUUAAGCAAUGCAUUUAAGUUUACUUGUACGAGAAUACAAGUAAUAGUUGAUCUGUAAGGCAACUAAAAACUGAGGAUAGGAGUCAAAGAUGAUGGGAUAGGGAUCAGCUAAGAGGAACAAUAGGUUUUGUUCAAAGCAUUUUCAAAAGUAAAUUCAGAGGAGAGCAAGAAACUCAAUGAACAAGGUGUAGGAUUGGGUUUGGUGAUUAGCAAUUAGAUAGCCCAAAAUAUUGGUUGUUCAGGAUUGAAUAUAGAAUCUAACAAAGAUCAAAAUAAUCAUUUUUCUUUCUUUUACUUCGAUAUAAUGAUGGAAAUACCAACAAACAAAAAAAAAGUGCCCAGCUUCAAAAUCCCCUAAAUCACGCCCCAAUAUUAGGAAGUCGAUGAAGUUACGACCUUCAAUUAGGAAUGCCAAAAGAUUGCCCUGGAGGUGUUUCCACAAUGUUGUCAUUAUUUGAUUGUUGACGAUGAUUGCUUUAAUGGAUACGCCUUCAAGAGGAUUCUAAUGGGAUUGUAGAGCAAGUACGCCUUAUCCUUUUAAUAAUUUGAUGUAGAAUAUGUUUCAUCUGGGAAAGACUCACUUUCAAAGAUCUAAGAGAAGAAAUGCAAUAAGGAGUGUUAGGGUUACAAACUAAUUUUCAUGGAUGUAGAAAUGCCUGUUAUGAAUGGGAUGCAGACCACAAAAUAACUCUUGAACAUCAAUCCCAAAUAGUUGAUUGUCGGUUGCAGUGGGUAUUCAGAUGUUCAGGAGAAACAGAAAUGCCUAGAAGCUGGCAUGGUUGACUAUCUCACCAAACCCGUGAUGGAGAAGGAUCUCAUUCAAAUACUACAGAAAUAUUAAUGA